UGCGUCACAAACUCAUUGGCUCCGGCAUCCGCUCCUACUAUGGGCUCGCUGCUGCAGAACCUGUCCCGGGGAGGCCGGGUGGGAGCUGCGCUCUGGUGCUGGACAAAUGUCCGCGGCCUGAGCGGGCUCCAGUGCCCCAGCUGGGUUGCGCGAAGCCUUUCGUGCAGCCCGGGUAUCCCCGGUCUGGGAGGCAGGCCAGCGCUUGGAGGAAUCAUGGUCAGCGUGCUCACUGAGAGCUUUCUUCUUCAGGGAACGCACCAUUUCUCCAGCUGGGACUGCUGCCAGAGACUUCCCCGAGGUAAACACAGCGUUCUUCACAGACACCAUACUCCAGUGCAAGUCACUGAUAGCUGCAGAAAGUUGGGGACGGACCACAGGGAAGAAGGUUUCCAAGUAGGUACCGAGAAUGACAGGGAGUUGAAGGCCUCCCUGCCCAGGGGGAGCUCCAUAGGGCCCCCAUGCUCUCUGCCACCUGAGCUUGAGCCUCCCACAAACUGCUGUAUGAGUGGCUGCCCUAACUGUGUGUGGGUAGACUAUGCAGAAGCUCUGCUGAGGCUCUACCAAGAUGGUGGGGAGAAGGCCCUCGCCAUUCUAGAGGAGCAUGUGACAGAUGAGAACCUCAAGGCCUUCCUCAGAAUGGAGAUCCGGCUCCGAAUGCAGAGCGGAGCCUGAGCCAGUUUACCUGGUGACCUGGAACUCCUCAUCAUGGACAGACUCUACCUUUAAGAAGCAGCAGCAGCAGCACUUUUGUUCCUGAGCCUAGAAGGACGGCACAAGUCUGCCAGGAAUAGGAAUUAUUGUGUGACAACUUCGCCUCAGAAUAAAUGAAUCCUCUAUGAUAACCACA